CGGGCCCCCUGGGGCUGACACCCACCCAGGGCCUCCGGCACAGAAGGUUCUGAAGCUGGGGAGCGGCUGCUCCCAGUAACCUCUGCUGCGCCCGCUGUGUAAAUGGCAGAGCUGGCGCGGGUGGGCGUGGGGGCUCUCUGCCUGGCUGCAGCCCGAUGGCAGUUGCUGACUGUUGGCCGCAGCCCCGGAGCCGCUGGAGGGGGCGGCGGGAGCUCGGGCUGAGUCAUUCCUGGGCAUCUUCACGAUGAGCGGCCAGGAGGCCCGAAGCCUGAAGCAGGCCUGGGUGAGGAAGGUCCAGUGCUGUCCUUGUUCUCAAUGAAAGGUCUUUGAAUCGGGAACACUUUCCCAUGGGUGAGGCUGAAGCAGCAGAUGACAAACGGUGACAAGCCCCUUCCCUCCAGGGCCCCCUCCCAUGCCACACUCAGGUGUAUCUCCUUACUUUCCUUAGGUGAAUCUAUGCAAAUAUGCUUCUUUUUCAUCGCCCCCAUUUGUAAGUAAGUGGCACUGCUGUAGGUCCUUGUGCCGUGUGUGGCACUCAUGUGGCAGCGUCUUGAAGCUGCGCCACACCAGCACGUGGCACGCAUCCUUUGGGUGUCUGGAAAGCGCAUCCCUUUCGUUGUGUGGAUCCUUUGCUGAGUGGGCUGGGCCGGUGGCCCUGUGGCAGGCAGGCAGGUGAGGGCUGCGCUCCCAGCAGUCGGGCCUGGGCCAGAGGCCUGCACACACCCGCUCAUCCUCCCAGCCGCCUGGGGCGCUCUUUAGCCCUCUGCCCUGAAGUCCUGGCGCCCUGUCCCCGCUGGCUUAGUCUGGGCCUGCCUGGGUGGCUCUUCAAAGGGGCCGGGCUGCUUUUGAAGUAGUUUGGCUGCUAGAGGUGGGCCAAGCCAGGUGCUGGUGUGCUGCCGGAGGAAAGCUGGGCUCCUCCGGAACCUGCACGGAGGGACAGGUGAGUCACGCCGCGAAGAUUUCCCUUCCACGGGCCCAGGAUGAGGGUGAGCCAAGUGCAGGCAGAGGAGACGAAGGAGGUGGGGAGAGCCCCUGGGAGCCUGGGGCUGGAGCACAGUGGGCUUUGGAUGUGCUUCUAGGGCCGAGAGCCUGCAGAGCCGCCAGGCCUGCGUCCCGAGCAUGUGGGCAGCGCCUCUCUGAGCCUCCAGAAACCUACAGAGCGGCCAGGAUGUGACAGGUGGCUCGUGCGGACUGGAGUGAGUGUCGAUGACAGAGUUUUUUAAAUCACCAAAGGUGGGCUUUAAGCCUGAGGACCAGUCUGAUGGAUUCUCCCACAGUCCCCGGGUUGAUCUCAGCUGCUGUACCUGUACCAGGUCGCUUCCGCGGGCACCGGGUCCCAGGGCAGGGCGAGCCGCCCACCUCGCAGCCACGGCACAGCUCUCUUUCGUCCUUUGGCCUGGGAGCAUCCUAGAUCCGUCACGCCAAGUGCAAAUGGCAGAGAAAGCUUUGGGAAGAGGGAAAAAAAGAUGCUUCACUUCACUGGUGGCUCCAGAUGUGGAGCCGAGGAAAGCAGGCUGCUGGCGUGUCCAGGAGCGCCCAGGAGCGCCCACCGCGGAGCGUCUCCGUGAGGGCGAUGGAGCAAGGGGCCCACACCUUGGAGUGGGGCAGGAGGGGAGCUCACCUGGGAGUUUCAUCGUGGAGGUAUCAGUAGCUCCUAGGAGGGGACAGAGACAGCAGACUCAAGCAGUAGAUACAAAGGGGGAAGCUGGCGGCCGUUUGAAUAUUCGUCAAGAAGAAAAUGGACGGAUAGCUUAUGACUGGCCCUCGGGAAGCAGGGACAGGGCCGACCGGACGAAGGAGAGGCUGACCCCGUGCGCAGAUUCGGGUCGAGCCUGCGGUUGUAAUCGCAGUAGAGGGUGGCGCUCGGAGUCCCUCACCCCAGGGGAGGCGAAUCGGGCCCUGUGGGGGCACAGGGGCGAAUUACUCAGGGUGCAGAUGAGUUGCUCUAAAAGACCCUCAAAUACAGCGGUUCAAAUGGCAGCGCUUCCACUCCUUCCCGCAAACAGCCCAGAGGCAGGUUGGACGGUCCGUGGCUGCCAUUGUCGCCUCGUGGCUUUCUGCCCCGAGUCCAAGGAUGCCCAGCGCCUGUGCCACAUCUGCAUCCUGCCUGAUGGAAGGGGAAGUGCAGGGGUCAUGUGGGACCCAAACUGGCGCGCUCUGUCAUCCCACGGACGGGCCGUCAUCUGGAUGGUGGUGUCACCCCGGGGAGCCGAGCCCUUAUCGCAGCAGCCCGGCCGGCCGAGUCUCAGCGCACACACGUGCGCUCUCCUCUGAAAGCCGGGGACACUGGCAGGCAGCAGGCGGCCUCUUGCCAGCUCACCAGAAACCCAAGUGUUUCUCGUGGGCAGCAAGACAGGGAGUCCUGAUUUGUACCAGGCUCCGUGAAGUCACAGGGCAGAGGAGACCGCCCCCCGCUCUCAGGGAGCCCGUACCUGGGGCGGGGGGGGGCCGGAGGCUUAAACGGGCACGGCCCCGGGAGAGUGGGCCGGGUGAGGAGGGCCGCGGGCGCAUGUUCACUUUGUUGCUGAUACUUCUGAGUCUGACUCGAUUGUUCUUGGGGAUGUUCUUGUGGGCACAUGACAGAAAAUACCCCGCCGUCAGGGAACACCCUGUGGGGCUGGAGGCCCCCCGGGCGCAGGCUCAGCGGGCGUCCUGCCGGCACUGACGCUUAGCUCUUCCUCUGUCGUCUC